AUGAACAACACUGUAGUGACAGUCGACAGACUGGUAGAAAUGUGGAAUCAAGAAUUUCCAUCCGACCCAUUAACCGUUGCAGAUAUGAAAGAGCCAAAAUCCAUUUUUAAUUCUUUGCUUUUAGUUUUUCAAAGACUUAACAUUGAUAAAGAAGCAGUUUUAAAGCCCUGUCCCAAAGAAGAACAAAAUGAAAGCUCCUACUAUUAUUCGGACCUCAUACCAGUGAUAAAUUUAACAAGAGUGCUAAACUAUGUCUUAAUGGAACCGGCAAAAAUGAAUGUUGAAAUUAUGAUAUCAAAUUUCCUGCAGCCCACAGUAAAUGGAACUUUUCCAAUAAUGAUGCUGAUUUUUAAUUAUAUGCUGUUUGUGGAGCUACAAUUGGAAGCAAUAAAACCGUUUGAGGAUGAUAUUUUGGUGAUACAUGAACAAGUGAAAAGUUUGGAAAAUCAGAAGAAUGAUAUAAUAAUACGUCUUAACAAUUACUCUUUGUCGAAGAGUGAAAGAAUACAGAGAAUGUUGAAGCUAGAGGAACAAAUCAAAGUUAUAGAUGAAGAAGUAAGACGUGAGAAGGUAGCCCUUGAUGCAGAAAGCCUAGAACUGGAACCAAUACUCCAAAAGAACCACAAAGAACAGAAGACAGUCGAACAAAUUAUCAUACAGAAAGAUGCAAUCAAUGCAGACAUUGAGAAAUGCAAAUCACAGCUGGUAACAGAUGCAGACGAUAUAAAAGAACAAGAGAGGAAGCUUGUACAGGAGAUGGCUGAAGCGGAGAUGAUAUGCAAUAGUCAAUCGGCCACUCUUCUCCAGAAAGAGAAUAGAUUAAUGAACUUGCAGACAAUUAAGCAGAUUUUUGAUGGUGCAAAUGAGUGCUUGCAAGAGAUACUAGUAAUUGUAGAUUGGAUGAAAGAAUCUGAGAAAGGUGACUUUGAUGGUGAUAGCGAAGAAGGUGAACUGAAGAUGUUGAACACGGAGCUUGGGGAGCUGCACUCGCAGUAUUCAGAACUGAUGACAGCUCGAGAGGAGAUCAGGAAAAAGCGGCAGGAGUCUGCUGCUCGACGGCAACAGGCCAGAGCUACGGCGGAUAGGUGCAUUCACGAUUUAGAGAAGAGAGAGAAAGAGCUGAAGGAGAAGGCUAGAAAGGAAACGCAAGAGAUAGAAGAGAUUAAGCAGCGUCUAAACGAAUAUGAUCGCUUGGAAACAGUCUAUCCACAACAGCAAGCAGAAGUAAAGGAACAGUUUAUGAAAGAGGUGAAAUCACUAGACGAACAAGUUGUGAGUGAAUUAAAGAAAUUUGGUGAGAUAAUAAAAGUAAUGCUCGAGAAACGACGGUAG